GAUUGUUUUGCAACGCUAACAUAUAACGAACCAAGUGCUAAUUCGUUAAAGAUGGGUCGCAACAAGGCUAAUAACAAGAAGGUAGCUGCAACUGGCGCUUCUACCAGCGCCAAGCCAAAGACCCCCUUCAAUAAAUCCAAGAAGGCUAAAAAUCUGUUCAAAGUAGCCGAUAAUAAAAAGGGCAAAGGCAAGAAGCCCAAAGAAGUUCAAGGAAAACUUAAGAAGAUCAAAGAAUCCGUCAAGGCCAAGCAGGAGAAAGCUGAUGCCAGCUUGAAGACUUUGCACAAGGAUUUGGUAGUUAAAAAACCAAAGCCAUCGGUGGCCCCCAUUAAGAACAAGAGGAAGCCUGCAGCAAAUACCCAGAAGGUAUCGGAUAACCUAAGCAAACUGAAGUUUUAAACCAAAUUGCCCCGAAUUGCAUAUAUGUAGUUGUAGUUAGUUUCAAUGGUUAAAACAAAUAUAUAAUAGAUAUAUAUGUAUUACUCAAA